GGCAGUGGGACCAGCUCCAUCCAGUCGAGAUGGUGGACACAGAGAGCCCGAUUGGUCCCCUCUCCCCACUCGAGGCUGAUGAUCUGGAAAGUCCACUCUCUGAAGAAUUCCUACAAGAAAUGGGAACCAUUCAAGAUAUUUCUCAGUCCAUUGGUGAGGACAGUUCUGGAAGCUUUAGUUUUACAGAAUACCAGUAUUUAGGAAGUGGUCCAGGAUCAGAUGGCUCCGUUAUUACAGACACCCUCUCACCAGCCUCGAGUCCCUCGUCCAUCUCUUACCCUGUGGUUCCUGGCAGCGCCGAGGAAUCGUCCAGUGUAGCACUGAACAUCGAGUGCAGAAUCUGUGGGGACAAAGCCUCGGGCUACCAUUACGGAGUUCACGCAUGUGAAGGCUGCAAGGGUUUCUUUCGGAGAACUAUUCGGCUAAAGCUGGCAUAUGACACAUGUGACCGUAGCUGCAAGAUUCAGAAAAAGAAUCGGAAUAAGUGUCAGUAUUGUCGUUUUCACAAGUGCCUUUCGGUUGGGAUGUCCCAUAAUGCGAUUCGUUUCGGGCGAAUGCCAAGAUCGGAAAAAGCAAAAUUGAAAGCAGAAAUCCUUACGUGUGAACAUGACCUAGAAAAUUCUGAAACCGCAGAUCUCAGAUCUCUCGCCAAGAGGAUUUACGAGGCCUACUUAAAGAAUUUCAACAUGAACAAGGUCAAGGCCCGGGUCAUCCUCGCGGGAAAGGCCGGCAACAAUCCGCCUUUUGUCAUACACGACAUGGAGACCUUAUGUAUGGCCGAGAAGACUCUCGUGGCCAAGUUGGUGGCCAACGGCAUCCAGAACAAGGAGGCAGAGGUCCGCAUCUUCCACUGCUGCCAGUGCACGUCUGUGGAGACGGUCACGGAGCUCACGGAAUUCGCCAAGUCCAUCCCGGGGUUCGCAAACUUGGACUUGAACGACCAAGUCACUUUGCUGAAAUAUGGAGUUUACGAGGCCAUAUUUGCAAUGCUGUCUUCUGUGAUGAAUAAAGACGGGAUGCUGGUAGCAUAUGGAAAUGGUUUUAUAACUCGUGAAUUCCUAAAAAGCCUAAGAAAACCAUUUUGUGAUAUCAUGGAGCCCAAGUUCGAUUUUGCAAUGAAGUUUAAUGCACUGGAGCUGGACGACAGUGAUAUUUCCCUUUUUGUGGCUGCUAUAAUUUGCUGUGGAGAUCGGCCCGGCCUUCUAAAUGUGGGACACAUUGAAAAAAUGCAGGAGGGUAUCGUGCACGUGCUCAAACUUCACUUACAGAGCAACCAUCCCGACGACGUCUUUCUCUUCCCAAAACUCCUGCAAAAGAUGGCAGAUUUGCGGCAGCUGGUCACGGAGCAUGCGCAACUGGUGCAGGUGAUCAAGAAGACAGAGUCCGACGCCGCCCUGCACCCGCUGCUGCAGGAAAUUUACAGGGAUAUGUACUGACUUCUUGGAAAUGCACACAAAAAAAGAAACUCUUCAAGCGUUUUUAAAGGCGACAGCACUACAAGUGAGAGAUGGGA